AUGGUUGAAGGUCCAGGGUGUAAACUAAACGGAGAGAAAAUUAGAAGCAAAGUCAGUGGCCAGAGUGUUGUAAAAGUCUGUUUCGGAGCAGGACAGAAGACUAUGGCCAAACAAGCCAAAGAAGCAUCUGCAUGUGGAAAAACUGAAGAGAAUCAGAAGUUUCAUGAGCUCCUAGGGCAGCGACUUGAAGAGGUCCAAACCCUGGGAAAGGAACUCUUUAUGUAUUUUGGAAGAGAAGUUUGUCUCAGAGUUCAUUUUGGGAUGAAUGGCUCAGUCCAGAUGAACAAGAAACAGACAGACUCAGAAAGCAUUAGUAAGAGAUCUGUGACACCCUCUCUUGUGCUACAGAUGUCCAAAGACAGCCUUGCCUUUUUUGAGUCAUCUGUGGACAUAAGAAGUGCCAGUUUGUGUCGAGCAAAGUAUGAAGAGCUGAAGAGUUUAGACAUUUGCUCCCCAGUGUUCAGUCACAAGCGCGCCCUAGAGGUUAUUCAGAGCCAGGGGACCAGCAAGUCCCUCUGUGAUGUCCUCCUGGACCAGUCCAUUCUCCCAGGGGUGGGCAAUAUCAUCAAAAAUGAGGCAUUAUUUGACAGUGGGUUGAAACCAGAUACAAAGGCAUGCGAGUUGAAAGAGGAGCACCUAACUCACCUGAUAAAAAUGACAAGAGAUUUUUCUAUGCUGUUCUAUGAGUGUCGUAAGAGUGGACAGACUCUCAGUAAGUACUACAAGGUGUAUGGUCAGGAGACAUGUGGUCAGUGUAAGACCAGGUUGGUCAUCUGUCGUAUGGGAGAGGUCACUGCUAGGCUCACAUACUUCUGCCCCACCUGCCAGACCAAUGAUCUUAGCAUCAGCAAACACAGGCUCCCUAAGAAGAACAGCUUAUUAGGGUGGUUAGGAAAGGCCUCUCAGACCUCACCCUCACACUGGAACUGUCUGCGCUGUACUCUAAUAAACCAAGGAUCUCAGAAAUCUUGUAGUGCUUGCCUCACGCCCAGGGAUUUGGGACAGGAACCAGGGCCAAACUCAAAGACCCAGGGCACCCCUGGAAGACAGGUUACCACACCACAUCCUUCACAGUACUCUAACAUCAGCAUUCAUAAUACAUCCCAUAAACGAAAGUCUGAUUCAGCUGGUUUUCUAGCUCAACCUUCAACCCAGCCAUCCAAAAGGAGAAGAAGUGAAGGGAACUGUGGGAAAGAGAAUGUCAGUUCAGCCCCAGUGAGACCGGCGGACAAUAAACACAAAAUCACAGCAUGCACAGGACAUGGGAAGAAGUGCUUGAUUAAGGAAGUGAGGAAAGAAGGCCCCAACUACAAACGAACAUUUUUCACGUGUAGCCUUCCUCGGGGGAAAGCAGUGUCCAGUAUUUUAAGUGGGCAGAUGAGUCGUUUCCGCUAUGUCCGGGUCACGGAAAGCCAGGGUCUCUGA